AUGAGUUGGCAACUGAACAUCAAGUCUGGUGGUGACAAAGGUGGCUUCAGCGGGCACUCGGCAGUGGUGCUCAGGAAGGCUGUGGGCGGUGUGGCUUCUCACCGUGCAGCUGGCAGAGGAGCUGGGGCUGGCUUUGGCAGUCAGAGCCUCUACAGUAUUGGAGGGAAUCGGAGUAUUUCCCUCAAUGUGGCUGGUGGCGGCGUUCGGACUGGAGGGUACAGCUUCCGGCCUCGCUCUGGGUGUGCAGGGGGCCGGACCACUGGCUUUGCUGGCAGCGUCUUUGGCAGCAUGGCCUUGGGGCCUGCAUGUCCAUCUGUGUGUCCACCCAGGGGCAUCCACCUGGUCACCGUCAACAAGAGCCUCCUGGCCCCCCUCAAUGUGGAGCUGGACCCCGAGAUCCAGAGAGUGCGCACUCAGGAGCGGGAGCAGAUCAAGGCACUGAAUAACAAGUUCGCCUCCUUCAUUGACAAGGUGUGGCUCCUGGAGCAGCAGAACCAGGUGCUGGAGACCAAGUGGAACCUGCUGCAACAGCUGGACCUGAACAACCGCAAGAACAACCUGGAGCCCAUCCUGGAAGGUUACAUCAGCAACCUGCGGAAGCAGCUGGAGACGCUGUCCGGGGACCGGGUGAGGCUGGACUCGGAGCUGAGGAGCAUGCGGGACGUGGUGGAGGACUACAAGAAGAGGUAUGAGGUACAGAUUAAUCGGCGCACAGCAGCUGAGAAGGAAUUUGUGGUGCUCAAGAAGGAUGCAGAUGCAGCCUACGCAGUCAAGGCGGAGCUCUAGGCCAAACAGGACUCUCUGGACAAAGACAUCAAGUUCCUCAAGUGCCUGUACGAUGCGGAGAUGGCUCAGAUUCAGACUCACACCAGCGAGACCUCCGUCAUCCUGUCCAUGGACAGCAACUGGGACCUGGACAGCAUCAUCGAUGAGGGCCGUGCCCAGUAUGAGGAGAUCGCACUAAAGAGCAAGGCCGAGGCCCAGGUGCUGUACCAGAGCAAGAUCCAGGAGCUGCAGCUGGCGGCUGGCCGGCACGGGGAUGACCUCAAACACACCAAGAAUGAGAUGUCAGAGAUGAGCCAGCUCAUCCAGAGGCUCCAGUGUGAGAUUGUGAACGUGAAGAAGCAGGUGGGCAGCAACUCCACCGAGAACGCCGGGGCUCAGUUUCACCCUCUGUGAUGGAGGUCCUG